AUGGGAAAGCUUUUGCCUGUGGUGUUCAUCUUCUUCUCCCUAAUCACCCUGCCCAAAGCUUCAGCAUCAUCCGACAGCGUUUCCUUCAACUUCACAAAUUUUGACCCCAUUGACAAUCGCGUGCUAGUGGAAGUAGAAGCGACUAAGGUGAAUGGCGCCAUCCAGCUCACUAACAACGAGGUUGAUGUGAACCUCACCCACAGUACUGGUCGCGUAAUAUAUUAUCAACCGAUACACCUUUGGGAUAAGGACUCGGGCAACAUGGCAGAUUUCACGACUGAGUUUACGUUCACCAUAAAAUCCCGACGUGACGCAUCGUAUGCUGAUGGAUCGACUUUCUUUCUCGCUCCCAAUGGAUCUCAGAUGCCAGUCAGGUCAGACGGACGGUUUCUAGCUCUUGUAAAUAGCACAAGCUACGACCGCUCCAUUGUGUUCGUUGCGGUGGAGUUUGACACGUUCUAUGACCAUUCCACAAAUCCAUGGGAUCCUCCAUGCGAACAUAUCGGUAUUGAUAUAAACACUGUCAACUCUUCUUUCAAUGUCUGUGUCGAGUGGUGGACGUACAAUAUUCUCUAUGGUCGACCCCUUCAUGCUCAAAUUACGUUCGAUUCUAGAACGCAAAAUCUGAGCGUCCUCUUGAUGGAUGCUAGUGACCCGAGCUCCAGUCCUCAUUCUUCCCGUCUUUUGGACCAAGUUUCUUUGAACCGUACCUUGCCAGAAUGGGUGACUUUUGGUUUUACUGCUAGUAGUGGAGAGUUGCAAGAGAUGCAUACUCGAGUCAUGGCAGUUUUCCUCUAG